GCGAGGCCCGGCGGGCGGUGGGCGGGGCCGCGGCUCGCGCGGCGGAGAGCGGCGCGCCCCCUCCCCCAGCUCAGAGGGAAGAAAUGAAACUAAAACUUCUGCAUCUCCAGACUAGAUCUUUCCAUGCUUUAACAACAACACGUCAAUGCCAAACCUUUAACAAAACUGGAUGUCUGCUAUUAAAGCUGGAUAACGAAGUUGACAGAACAGCUCAGAGAACAGCAAAGUCUUGGAAUUUUUAUGCUCUGAAAACUGCAUUCCCUUGGUUGACAAGUCGAUGUGUGCAAGUCAAGAAUUUGCGAUUGCUCCGAGGAUAUGUAUCCACUUUGGGAAGAAGUAUUUAUUAUCAGGGCGGGGAGGAGUUUUUUCCCUCCUGGAGACGCUUGGGUGCAAUGAUGACACAAAACUACAGGCUCAAUACAGAGCAUAUCAAAAAGCUCAGGAACACGCCAUCAAGAUUUUACGGAGUUGUAUCAGCUGGUAAAAUUAUUCCAAAACACAAUAACCUGCCAGUUAAGAGGCCACCAAAGGCACCGAGGACCAAGCAGCCAUCCAGAACGAACCUGCCUCUCUCAGACAUGAAGAAUCUGAUGCAGUGCACAGCCUUUGCAACAGCAGAUGAAUAUCAUCUUGGUAAUCUGUGUCAUGACCUGACUUCACAUGGAUAUAUUGAAAUAACAAGUUUGCCUAGAGAUGCUGCAAAUGUUUUGGUAGUCAGUACCGAGAAAUCUGCAAAAGAAGAUGAUCCUGGCAUGAUUUUUUUCUUCAGGGAAGGGGCUGUUGUGUUUUGGAAUGUGGAAGAGAAAAGUAUGAAGAAUAUCAUGCGAGUGCUAGAACAGCAUGAAAUUCAGCCAUAUGAAGUUGCACUAGUCCACUGGGAGAAUGAAGAAAUGAACUACAGAAUAGGGGAAGGUCAGUCAAAGCUCCAUAAAGGACAAAUCCUUUUAAAUUCUGAGCUGGAUAGUGAUGAAGUUGUUCUGCAGAAAUUUGCCUUUUCAAAUGCUCUUUGUCUUUCUGUGAAGCUGGCUAUUUGGGAAUCAUUACUGGAUAACUUUGUGGAAUCUAUCCAGUCAAUUCCUGAGAUUCUAAAGUCACGAAGGAGGGUAAAACUCUCUCAUGCAGAUGUGAUGCAGAAAAUUGGAGAACUCUUUGCACUAAGACACCGUAUAAAUCUGAGCUCAGACCUGCUAAUAACACCUGACUUCUACUGGGAUAGAGAAAAACUGGAAGAGCUUUAUGACAAGACAUGCCAGUUUCUCAACAUUAAUCGCAGAGUUAAGGUAAUGAAUGAAAAACUUCAGCACUGCAUGGAGCUGACAGAUCUAAUGCGAAAUCACCUGAAUGAAAAGCAUGCUCUGCGCCUUGAGUGGAUGAUAGUAGUACUUAUCACCAUAGAGGUUCUGUUUGAACUUGCAAGGGUAGUUUUCUGAUGACAGAAGAAACUCGGGAAGAAAACUGACAAAAUCAUUAUGAUCAUACAGCCUGGAAAAUUCCUAUCAUAUCCUUCUGGAAAAGAGUGAAAUUAUGUCUCUUGAUAAAUCUGUAAAUAUACUCAAAUAAAAAC